AUGCGGCCCCCGCGGCGCCGCCGUCCCCGCCCGAGCGCGCCGGCCGCGCUUCCCCCGUUGCCGCCUAUUUUAUGUCUUUUGUCUCGGAGUUGGCACCUGUCCCAGAGAGCGCGUUUCCCUGCCCACCCCUUCGCCGCCGGAUCGGAGCGGGGGAGGGAGUACGGGGAACCCAGGGAGGAGGGGACGGGGAAAGCAAGGCGCCUGCCGGCCCCGCAGCCCGCGGAGACCGCCCGAGAGCGGCGGCGGUGCCCGCACGCCCGGGCACCCCUGUUCUGCGGGGAGGUCGCGGAUGCAACCGCUCCCAGAAUACCAACGAGGCCCCCUGCGGCCCCCGCCGUGCCCUCUGCGGGUGAAGACCGGGCGCCGCCCCUCCUGGGUUCCCCCCUCCACCGCCCACCACCCCCGGACGGCGCGCGCGGGCGGGGCGGGCGGCGCGAGCAGCGGAUUCGCCGCCCGGGCCCCGCGCCUCGCCCCGCAGCCCCGCGUGCGCGUCCCCGCAGGCACGCCGCCCCGGGCGCUCCCAGCCAGCGCGCCCCCGCCCCGCGGCCCCUCCCGCCGCCCGCCCCGGGCAGGGGCAUCGCGCCGCGGAGACCCGGUGGCCUUCGGUUUCGCGCCCCGGGGCCCGCGCGGCCGAGGCGGGCGGGCGGGCGCGAGCUCCCGGCCCGGCCCGCCCCCGCCGCCCUGGCACCGAGGCGGCUGCUGGGACGCGCUCGGCGGCUGCGCUUCAAGGCGCCGGCUGCCAUGAUUGCGGGCAGCGGGACGCGCGCGCACGCUCGGGCCCGGCUCUGGGACCCCUGGCUGACCGACGGUCCCUGCAAUCCCCGCAGCCUGGUGCCCGCAGCCCCGAGCGCGCCGCGGACAGCGGCUGGGCUCUCCAGGCUCGUCCCCGCGGGGAACAGUGUGCGCUGCAGAGCUCUCGACGCGGCCCCGGGACAGCGCUCGGGGCCGACGGUGGCAGCGGGCUUUCCCCAGGGCGGAGCGCGCGCACGGGCGACCCCGCGGCGCCUUCCAGGACACCGCCGGCCCCGCGGAGCGAGGGGUGCCCAGAGGGGUGGGAGUCCGGACGCGGCACACGGGAGCCGGCCGGCGGAGGCAGGGGUCAGCGCACAGUGCCGGGAGAUUGGCAACAACUUCCUGCUUCCCCGACUCAGGGCACAGGAGCUUCGGGGAGAAGUUCAAGGCCGCAGCUUUGCUCUCUCGGAGCCCGAUGGCGACACUGCUGGCCCCGGGCCACACGGUUCCUUCCCAGGCCCUCCCAGUGGUUGAGACCGGCCGGCCUCUAGGGUCCGGACACGGGUUAGAAUGCCAAGGAGGCCGCGGCGUCUUUUCCCGCCCGCUCCACAGAGGCGCCUGAGUGGUUCCCAAACCGCAGAGGGGCCAGCCUGGGCCUCCGGCUCUCGGGGACGCACGCGGACACAGAGUCACUAUUCGCAGACCCCGUCCCCCUGCCCAAGCAUGCCCUGGCUCAGAGCCGCAUGGAGCUGACUGUCCCCAGACGCCUGCGACGGCCCUUUGGCGGCCAGGGCCCUAGAGAAACAAGGCCUCCCGGGUCCCAUCCCAAUGUCUGUCUGUGCCUGUCUCCCCCCCAACCCCCCGCCGCCGGCCUUGGCAUUCUAACCAGUGUCCCUUGACGUCACAUCUCGCCAUUUCUGCCAACCAAUUGAAACUUGCCCGUUGUCAUAAAAAUAUAUAUACUUUUUAUGCCAUUGGUAAAUUCAAAAGUUCCUCGUGUGCCCUGCUUCCCAGGAAACUUCAUUUCACAUUGGAUUAGACUGCCCAGGAGGGCAACGCUGGGCUGGGGCAGCCGGGCAACUCUGCCAGGGCCUCGCUGCCCACUGAGCUGCCUUCCACAGCUCGCUAGACCCCCAUGAUUGUGGCUGUGAAUUGUGCCAGCCACCCUGAUACACAUACCACUGCCUCCACCCCAUGACACACGAAAUUUGGGGGGAGGGAAGGAAGAACUCAGGGUAUGUUAAGAAACCCUCCCAAUUGCUUUCCUGGGAAUUGGGGCGAUGGGGACUGGAAUCUUACUGUAGCAUCUUCUUUUUAGAAGCUGAAAUAAUUUUAGGGAUAGCUUUAUUAUUUUUUCUUCUAUGGGAAAACUCAGUUUUAGAAAAUGGAGUAGAAAUGUUUUCCAAUUAAUCUUUUCAUUGGAAUCCGGACCAACUUUCACUUUCCACAGCUGCCUGGUGGUUUCACUAUCGAGUGGGGUGCCCUCUUUUCCUGAGGAAGGUCCUGUGUCUCCCCCUCACCCCCCAGCUCCAAGGGCUGUGGGGCCCAGAGCUGGAAGCUCAGAAGUUCUGUGCUUCCCCAGAAAAGGGCACGGCUCUCUCGGCAGCCUGAGACUCAGACAUGCCGUGUCUACCUUCUAGCAAUACAGCAGGGGAAAUCAAUCCUGUCUAGCACAGUGCUUUAUAAUUUUCUUUCUUCACUAUUAAAAUUUUCAGCCCCAAAUAGGAAGUGUGGGGUAAGAGCACACAUUCCCACAGGAUGAGUCUGUGCCCAGCAGUGCCCAAAGCCCCACAUAUGCCCCUGUAGCCCCUCCUAACCCGGCCACACCAAGGCAGAACUCAACCGCUAACUGCUCUAUAAACUCCUCCUGUACCCCAUCGUUGCUGUAUGGUUCAACUACUUUAAAAAACAUACUACAGAUAUUUUGUGGUUUAGCAAGUUUAGGGACUCCAGAAGAACAAAAAUGCUUUAGAAACUGAGGUGAAUGCAGAGAUCUAAACAUCAUAAGCACCAGGCCUUUUAAUAUGGAAUCUUGUUUUUCCAAAAUAAUGAACACACCCAGUAACGACCAAAUGGGGAUUCUGAACAUAAAUACAUGGUUACUAUUCUCAAUAAAACUGUUCUCAAGGGCAAUCUCUAGAAAUGAUGCACACCUUGGAGAUACACGUUCAAGCGAAAUAAGGAAAAAAAAAGGCUGCAUCCAACAACCACACUAUAUUUAUAAUCACAUUCCUAAACACUAUAAAUAUUAUAACUAAUGUGAUAUAUGUUUUGCGAUUAAAUGGGUGGAUUAAAACAUUGAAUUUAAAAAGCCACAAAGAAAAAGAGAUUAUCUUCUAUUAUGCCACUUACAACUUUUGUUCCAUUGGCACAAAUACAAAUUUGACAACUGUAUCAUUACUGAACGCAGUGACUAAAUGCCAGGAUAUUAGCUUUGUAAUUUUCACCUGAAAUCAUUGUAUAAUCAUGCUGGCUUGCUAACCUUCUUUUUAUUAAAUGAUUUUUUUUCUUGCUCUCACACCGUAGUAAGUUAAUUUAAUGCCUUUUUCCCACUUCCAAUUUUUAUUUGGUAAAGCAAGAAAUCAGAUAAAUCAGAACAAUAUUCAAGAACACACACUCUUUUUUAAAAAAAUUCCCCCUGUACUUGGCAAGGAUUACAUAUAAUUUGGUUGCAAAUUCAGAAAUCAAAUGCUGCUUUAUUCAGCAAAAAUAAUAGCACUCAGGUAAUUCCACUGGAUAUUAUUCAGGUUAGAUUGUUUUUGUUUGCUAUCAUUAUUCAAAGUCAAUAAUAAUAUUUUUUAAAGUAUGCUCAAAUUAUCAACGAGAAAACCUUGAAAAUUUACAUUGUUGAUAAGCACUGUGAUGGACAAGUUUCCAGGAAGAAAAAGUUGGUUUUCGCCUGUGGGCCACAGCCAUGCCUGAGGUCAGAUGUUUGAAAAUAAGGUCUAGGAAGGCUGUUGCUGUCCUAGGAUGUUCACAGUAUCAGCCUUAUACAGUUAUUUUUUUUCCUGAUUU